AUGCCUGGACCAUCCAAACAGCGCAAGAUCGCUAUCGUCGGCAGCCGAUCCGUAGGCAAAUCGUCCCUCACCGUCCAAUUCGUGGACGGUCACUUUGUGGAAAGCUACUACCCCACGAUCGAAAACACCUUCAGCAAGGUCAUCAAGUAUAAGGGGCAAGAGUUCUCCACUGAGAUCAUUGAUACCGCGGGGCAGGAUGAAUACAGCAUCCUGAAUUCCAAGCACUUCAUUGGAAUCCAUGGCUACGUAUUGGUGUACUCUGUGCAAUCAGAGCAGUCUUUCGAGAUGAUCCAGGUUAUUCGGGAUAAGAUCCUGGGACACCUGGGCUCGGAAUGGGUUCCGAUGGUUAUUGUCGGUAACAAGAGUGAUCUGCGGCCAGAGCAAAGGCAGGUUACUCCAGAGGCAGGCAAGAAGCAGGCUGAGGAGUUCAGCUGUGCCUGGACUGAGGCGAGCGCGCGGUAUAACGAGAAUGUUACUAAGGCUUUCGAAUUGAUGAUUGGCCAAAUCGAGAAAUCACAGAAUCCAAAUGAGCCAACGGGAGGGAACAAGUGUCAGGUUAUGUGA